CAGCAAUUACCUUAGCAGAUGGGCCAAAUGCCAAAAAAAAGUGCACUGCUACCCCGGAUUCUGAGGUGGCAGUUGGCACCACCUAAAUGGGGCCUUUAUCGACCGAGACUCGGUUGAUUGCCUCGUGCCUUUUCUUGCUCCUUUUCUCAACCCCCCUGUCGUCCGCUGAGCUGUCUUUCGAGUUUCGAGCCGACAUCAAGCUCUUUCGCGCCCACCGCAUUUACCACUCUCAAUCUCUAUUCCACCUUAGCCGACCUGCGGGCCCUGAUAUGGCCUGGGUAUUAGCUUGAACUAAGGCUCGCUCGAGCCGAUUACUUCGUGUUCGUGUUCCCUCAGCCCACGCGCUGCGCUGCGCUGCUACCCUUGAUUGAUCACGACGCCGCCGGUCCUUACAUCGCCACGACCGGCCUCCCUUCGCUUUGCGACAAUCGCAAAAGUCGCCCAACAUGACGCGCCGUAUAGUACGGACGAUAAUCCAGCUCACCGCGGUGACGCUUGUGACGUUUCUCGCCGUCUUCUUCCUCGACCGAAACUUCCGAGUUCUACCAAAGUCGAUGCACCACUACAUGCCGCAGCAUCACCAUGGCCUGAUUGUCACGGAUAUAACAGUAACGAAAUGCUCGAGCAUAAACGUCUUCACAUCCUGCAACCUCGACACCAACAAAUGGCACCGAAUCGAAAAGGACCUGUACCUGGGCAAGUCAUGGACCACCAGCGCAUACGUACACGUCGCACGAAAGAAGGAGGAGGAGCUGCUACCAGAGGAUAAGGUAGUCAUGGACGUUUCCGUCGGCCGACUCGACCCCACGACUUCUAAGAAGGGAGAGGAGGACGAGAGGUGGGAGAGCCGACCAUACGGAUUGUGGGUGAAGCGGUCUUCCAACCAAAAGGACAGCGACUCCAAAAAGGCCGUUACAGGCAUUGAUGUACUGUUUGGCGACGAUGCGGUUGAGGCUCGCGAUGGCUGGCAGAUCACCGGGACGCCCCUGCUGCUCCCUCUCAACGAAGAAGUCCCCGUCACCCACAUCACUCUCCGGAGAGGAAGCCAAAAGGAGCCUCAUAAACCCCAGCCGCGGAUCCCCGAGAACGGCAGAUUUAAAAUCAUGCAGCUGGCCGAUCUCCAUCUCAGCACUGGCGUCGGCAAGUGUCGCGAUGCCAUGCCCGAGGGCUACAACGGCGGCUUGUGCGAGGCGGAUCCCAGAACGCUAGAUUUCGUCCAGAAGAUCCUCACCGAGGAGAAGCCCCAUUUGGUCGUGCUUAGUGGAGACCAGGUCAACGGCGAAACUGCUCCUGAUGCGCAGUCGGCAAUCUUCAAAAUUGCUCAAAUCCUCAUCAAGAUGAAGAUCCCCUACGUCUCGAUUUUUGGAAAUCACGAUGAUGAGGGAUCCCUUCCUCGCGCUGCUCAGAUGCAAAUUCUCGAGUCGCUGCCAUAUUCUCUAGCGAAGGCUGGCCCCGAAGAAAUCGACGGUGUUGGCAACUACUACGUUGAGGUCCUUGCUAGAGGCAAGUCGGACCAUUCGGCACUCACUCUUUAUAUGCUUGAUUCCCAUGCGUACUCUCCCGAUGAGAAGAAAUACCAUGGAUAUGACUGGAUCAAGCAGAACCAGAUAGAAUGGUUCAAAAAGACUGCUACGAAUCUCAAGAAGGCACACAAGGAGUACAGCAAGGUUCACAUGGACCUAGCCUUUAUUCACAUUCCUUUGCCCGAGUACAGAGAUGCCGAUCUCGCCAUCAAAGGCGAAUGGAAAGAGGGUGUCACAGCACCCAACUUCAACUCUGGCUUCCGUGACGCCCUCGUCGAGCAGGGUGUCGUGAUGGUCAGCUGUGGACAUGACCAUGUCAACGAUUACUGCUCUCUCUCACUAGACAGCCAGCAAAAGCCAGCUCUCUGGAUGUGCUACGCCGGUGGAGUCGGCUUCGGCGGCUAUGCCGGAUACGGAGGAUACCACCGCCGCAUACGUGUGUUCGAGGUCGAUACCAACGAAGCUCGGAUCACGACGUGGAAGCGUGUUGAGUGGGGCGACACCAGCAAACGGGUCGACGAGCAAAUCAUUGUUGAAGCGGGCGGGCCGAUAGGCAUCAGAGAAAAGAAGGCAUGACAGAACUUUUUUUGACGGUCUAUUCGAGACGAAGAUGGAAGAAAGAAGGAGAAGCAAAACAACAAAAAACAAAGAAUGAAAUGCUGGAAA